CUGGUUUUUGUUCUGCGCUGCAGUUCAUGGGGAGAUGCGCAGGCCCCGGUUUAGAGGGAACAUUGGAUUCAAGUAUUGUGUUUACAAGACUUACUAUUUUCUAAGACAAGAGACAACAUGCUAGGCUUAUUUUAUCAUAAUACACUUCAUGCGGUGAAAUUUGAAAAAAAAAGAGACACCGCACGAGCUUCCCGUUUCCAUGGCGACGUCGUCACACAACCUGCUUGCUGCAGAAACCAGACAGCUGUCAGCUAAGCUAACCUCUGUUUUUCAUUGUAACUUCAUAGCAAAUAUGGAGUUCACAGGUAGCAGUUACACUGGCGCCUUCAAGAAUGGCAGGAUGGAGGGAGAAGGAGAGUAUAAAUUCCCCACAGAGACAAGAUAUGUUGGGGAUAUGAAGGAUGGCAUGUUCCAUGGAAAAGGUGUUCUCUAUUUUCCAAAUGGAAGCAAAUAUGAAGGAACUUGGGAGAAAGGGAUAUCCAAACAGGGAAAGUAUACCUUCUCUGAUGGGCUGGAGUACCAGGAGAAGGACUGGGACUUCUGUGAUGGUUAUGACAGACAGUUCUACACUGAGAGGUGCAAUGGACUCAAACCUGCAGGGGAGUCUCAGCUGACAGACCUGGACCCGCCGCGUGUCAUCCCAGAUGGCUGCUAUGACUGUGGGGACGGCUUCUACGACCCCAACACCAGGGUUAUCACUGACUAUGAGCAUCAAUUCCUGAGGAACGCAGAUGACUAUGAACGGGAGUGGAUUGUGUCCACUUGUCGCAAGAGCUGGGAUGAGAUCGUUGGACAUUCACCUGACAACUAGGCUGAAUUUCAGAACUGGACAUUGAGUUGAGGGGCCUGAGCAGCUGCUGAUUUAAAGGCAGCUAAUUUAUGGAAUGUUUAACUGUAUAGGCUACCUGUGAAUCAUAUUUUGUGAAAUAUGGAAUAUUACACAUUUUCGUUGUUAUAAAUAUAUAUGAUUUUAA